AUGUUAACCACGAAGACCCGAUCAGAUAUUUCCGAUGACUCGGACUCCCCAGAAGUCGAGCACUCAGACGUCGAGUGCUUCGAGGCGCUGCCCGACGACACAGUCGAAGCCAUCGGGUCGACGGCGAGUGCCAUCCGGAAGAUCAUCAGAGAAAACAAAGAAACAACCGACGUGGUGAAAUAUAUACGUUUCACAAACGUCCCACCAGCUAUUGCGGACAAGUUUUCUUUGCGCAAUACUCGGCAGAUGUUUAAUCGCAGCACUCAAUAUAUGAUAAUCAAGCUCUUAACUGGGGCCCAUGAAACAGCUGCACGCGGCCUGGGUGGUGCAGUGCAAAAUGAGAUAUACAAUACGGGGCUUGACGAGUUGAUUCGCCCGUUAGGGUCGAAAACCAUCCAAGGUGUGUUUUGCAGAAAGGAGGCCAACGCGGCGUAUGGCCCUGCGCAACCUGUUCCAGGUCGCAAUCCAAAAUGGCCGACCGUUGUGGUCGAAGUGGGAGUAUCAGAGUCAUAUCGAAAGCUGCGGGCAGAUGCAGAAUGGUGGCUCACGAACUCGAGGGGCGAUGUGAAGCUUGUAAUUAUCGUGUUCGUCAGUCGAAAGACCCCAAACAUCAAGUUUGAGACUGUUGCUUUGGACCCGACCGUCAACUCCUUACGACUGCAGCGGCCCCGCUACGUCGCAAAGAUACGGCAGUCCAUUACGGCAUCCCGCGACGCAAACCAACCCAACUCACAGAUUACCAUCAGGCCAGCAGUACCUUUGAACAUUGGGUUUGAAGAAUUGUUUUGUCGUCAACCAGUCCCGCCUGAACACAACAUUGAACUAUCACCUGAUCGGUUGGGACGGAUCUCAAAACACGUGUGGGGGGAGCAAGAAUUCUAG